AUGACUGCACUCAUCUACGAGCUACGAACUCGAGGGGAUCUCUCGGCCUGCCUCAACUCACGAAAAGGUCGCAAGCGACGCUCCCCAACGUCGUCAAGGUCGCAGCAGACAAGAUUCGCGCUAGCGAUGGGUCCUAUACCAUCAAAACAUACCUCCCAUCUCUUCAGAAUGCGGCCCCAAAGUUACGAUGGGCGAGAUCUACGUUCUGACUUAUCGUUUCUGAACGUCGAGCUGCUUUGCAUGCAGAACUCGACGUCUUCCCCUCCAUUUCUUGCGCACCCACCCAAAAAUACCUCCCGAACAAAAUCGAUGCGGAAAUUGAUUCUGAGCAGGUUUUGUAUAUCGACCCCCGUCCUCCGCGCCGCGGAUAGAGUGCCAUAGCGCAAACAAGGGUGAUUUGAAUAUGUGGCGUCGCUUUUGGGCCGCCUACUGCGCCUCCUUCUGGGCGCAAAUCAAGGAACGAUUAUAUCGGCUGACACGAGGCCGAGGAUGCCG